AUAUGAUAAGUUCACAUUGCUUUUUGACUAAUCAAAGUAUAUCAUAUUAGGCCCACUGCAUCUUCUUCUAUUAUCCUCUCACUAGCUCUGUGUAUAUCAUCACUACUUGUCUGGUGGUAUUCUCUCUUACAAUUCUCUCAACUUCUCCUUCUCUUACCAUACUUUCUUGGUCUUCUGCUGUUUCAGCUCUUCAAAAAAUGGCUGAAAAUAUUAUAGCUGACGUUUUAACCAAGUUAGGCUCCUCGGCUAUUCAACAAAUUGGAUCUGCGUUUGGUGUGGCAAAGGAGUUGACGAAGCUUACGAAGAAACUGACCAGCAUCAAAGGUGUACUGGUUGAUGCUGAGAAGAGGCAGGAGGAGAGCGAUGCAGUAAAAGCAUGGGUGAGGAGGCUCAAAGAUGUUGUGUAUGAUGCUGAUGACUUGUUGGAUGACUUUGCAACCCAUCAGCUGCAGCGUGGGGGGGUAGCAAGGCAGGUCAGUGACUUCUUCUCAUCUUCAAAUCAACUCGUAUUUCGUUUUAAGAUGAGUAGUAGGGUCAAGAAUAUCAAAGAAGAGGUUGAUGAAAUUGUAAAAGAAAUCGAUCUGCUAAAACUUGUUCAAGGGAACAUAGUUCAGAGGGAGGUAGAGAGUAGUCGGAGAGAGACUCACUCAUUUGUGUGGACCUCUAAAUUUGUGAGAAGAGAAGAAAAUGAAAAGGAGAUAAUAACGUCGUUGGUGUCAUCUGAUAAUCAAGAAAUUCUUUCCAUGGUUGCCAUUGUUGGGAUUGGGGGUUGGGUAAGACCACCCUUGCCCAGUUGGUGUACAAUGCUGAGACAGUGGUGCAAUAUUUUGAGCCCAGAAUAUGGGUUUGUGUUUCUGAUAAUUUUGAUGUGAAGUCGUUGGUUAAAAAAAUCUUAAAAGAAGUGUGUAACCAAGAUGUAGAAAGGUUGGAGUUGAAUGGUUUAAAAAAUCUCCUUCAUGAAAAAAUUAGUGAAAAGAGAUGCUUGCUAGUGCUGGACGAUGUUUGGAAUGAAAAUUCUGAAGAAUGGGAUCGACUGAAAAGUUUGUUGAUGGUUGUUGGAAAGGGAAGUAAAAUUUUGGUGACCACCCGACAUAGUAGAGUCGCAUUAAUAAUGGGAAUUAAUUCUCCCUUUUUGUUGCAAGGGUUGAAUGACACCCUGGCUUGGGAUUUAUUUUCAAAAAUAGCAUUCACAGAAGAACCAAAGAAAGUGCAUCCAAAGUUUGUGGAAAUGGGAAAAGAAAUUGUAAAUAUGUGUAAGGGAGUUCCGCUUGUCAUCAAAACAUUGGGAACAAUAUUGGGCCUGAAACCAGAAGAAAGUCAUUGGCUGUCCAUAAAAAAUAAUGGAAAUUUGCUAUCACUAGGAGCUGGAAGUGAUAAUGUUUUAUCAGUGUUGAGGUUAAGCUACAACGAUUUGCCAAUCUAUUUGAAGCCAUGUUUUACUUAUUGUGCGUUAUUUCCAAAAGACUAUGAAAUUAAGAAAAACAUGUUGGUGCAAUUAUGGAUGGCACAGGGCUAUAUUCAAACUUCAGAUGUAGGAAAUCAAUAUUUCAAAGAAUUAUUGUCAAGAUCAUUAUUAGAGGUGGCUAAAAAAGAUGUUGAUGAUAAUAUAUCAAGUUGUAAAAUGCAUGAUCUUAUUCAUGAUCUUGCACAAUCUAUUGUUGGAUCUGAGGUCCUUGUUUUAAAUGAUAAUGUGAAGAAAGAGAAGACCUUGGACAAAGUUUAUCAUGUGUCAUUCUCUCAUGAGCAGUAUAUCCAUUGGAAGGAUUUGAAAAUAAAAGACAUAAGGACCAUUUUGAAGAUUGAUCAAAAUUUUGACCCUAAUUUAAUUUGGAGUACACCUAUUUCAAAUUUCAAGCGUUCCCGUGUGUUGAGCCUAAAUGGAAUCAAUGGAAGCAAUGCAAUGAAGAUACUAAAAUCUAUAGGUAAAUUGAGUCACCUAAGAUAUCUCGAUCUUUCAUGCAAUUCUUUGAUGGUACUCCCAAAUGCUAUUACAAGGUUAUAUAAUUUGCAAACGUUAAAACUUAAUGGUUGUAGACUUCUAGAAGAAUUUCCCAAAGACACAAGGGAAUUGAUUAAUCUGAGGCACUUGGAGAAUGAUAGGUGUGAAAGUUUGACUUAUAUGCCGAUAGGGGAGUUGACUUUGCUUGAAAGCCUACCACUGUUUGUUAUUGGAACUGGGAGUAAAGUUAGCAGAUUAAGUGAAUUGAAAAGGCUGAACAACCUUCGAGGAGAGCUAAGCAUUAAAAAGCUUGAAAAUGUGAGGGAUGGUAAGGUAGAAUCCGGGGAAGCAAAUUUGGGGGAAAAACAAUACAUUGAGUCCUUGGAAUUAGAAUGGUCAUAUGGUGAAGAAGCUCAGUCCGGUGAGGAUGCUGAGUCAGUGAUGGUAGGCCUACGACCACAUCGAAACCUAAAGGAGCUUUUUAUAAUAGGAUAUGGAGGUAGAGGGUUUCCAAGUUGGAUGAUGAAUGGUGAGUUAAGUUGCAUACUCCCUAACCUCAUCACAAUUAAUUUGGAUAGUUGUUCAGGAUGCCAGAUUCUACCACCAUUUGUUGAACUCCCUCACCUCAAGUCUCUGACGCUUUGGAGUUUAGAAAAGGUGGAGUACAUGGACUACUGUUCAUCAGGAGGGCCAUUCUUCCCAUCACUUGAGUACCUCGAACUCAAGUGCAUGCCAAAGUUAAAGGAGUUGUGGAGGAGGGACUUAUCUCCAACACACCCACCUUCAUUUCCUCGUCUUUUAGAUUUACAGAUCCAAAACUGUAAUAAGUUGGCAUCCUUGGAACUGCAUUCAUCUCCUCUUCUUUCCAAGUUAGAGAUUUUCGCAUGCGAUAAGCUGACAUCCCUGCGACUGCCUCCUUCUCCUCUUCUUUCGCAAUUAGAUAUCCAGUAUUGUGGUGACUUGGCAUCCUUGGAACUGCAUUCGUCUCCUCGUCUUUCCAAGUUAGAGAUUAGAGACUGUCGUAAGCUGACAUCCCUGCGACUGCCUCCUUCUCCUAUUCUUUCACAAUUAGAUAUCUUGGAUUGUGGUGACUUGGCAUCCUUGGAACUGCAUUCGUCUCCUCGUCUUUCUAAUUUGAAGAUCUCUAGUUGCCCUAAACUCACAUCCGUGCAAGUGUCUUCGUUACCUUGUCUUAAGGCACUAGAUUUGCUUAGAGUGAGAGAAGAGGUACUACAACAGUUGUUGGCCACUGCUUUUUCAUUGGAGUCUCUGUUUAUUCUCGACAUAGAUGAUUUGAUGACUCUCCCAGAUGAGCUUCAUCACGUUUCCACUCUCCAAACUCUCGAAAUUUGGGGUUGCACUCAUUUGGCAACAUUACCACACUGGAUAGGCGACCUCACCUCGCCGAAUCAUCUUUGUAUUAAUUCUUGCCAUCAAUUGCCAUCAUUGCCAGAAGAAUUCCGUUCUCUUAGAACCCUCAAGAGUCUCACAAUUGGCAACUGGUCUGGUUUGACAACAUUACCAGAUUGGAUAGGCAGCCUCUCCUCACUUGAAGACCUUGAAAUUUGUGAAUGCCCUAAAUUGACAUCAUUGCCGGAAGAGAUGCGUUCCCUCACAACCCUCCACAGACUCAAUAUCUCCAAGUGUCCACAUUUAUCGGAAAGAUGCCAAAGGGAAAAUGGUGAAGAUUGGCCCAAGAUUGCUCAUGUCCCAUACAUUAUUACUGAUUGGGACGAGGUGUAGACAGCCAUUUCAGUAGAAUAACAAGUUCAGUGAGGAACUAAAGCUGGCUGGAGUUCACAUUGGCCUCCUCUUCAUGGAAGUCUCAAAAUAUCUCUGCCAGAGGUGGGACUGUGACACCUCCCUUCUCUCGAGGACUGUAAACUGUCUGUGUAGAGAACAAUGUCUCUGUCUCAGCAUAUUCAACAUGUCACAACCGUUGAGAAGAACUUCAUCUGUUAGAGAAUGAGGAUGAUAGCAACCAUAUAUUUCAGGUGAACUAUUUUAUUGCAGAUGUAAUUGUUGCCACAUCAAAGAAAAAGCUGAUAGUGUUGUAAGAAAAAGCAGAUAGCGUUGUGGCUGAAAUACCUCACUUUCUUUCAGUAACUGGAAAGUUAGGAUUGUCUUUUGCAGCGAUUCCACACCUCACUUUUCUCAAGCUAUUGAAAAUUCAAAGCUGUUGUGACCUAAUGUGUUUGUCUCAAGUAAUUCCUAAUCACUACCCUUGAAGCCUCAAAAGUUAUCUCUACGGUUGGCCUUCAGUUGUUGACUGCCCUAAUAUGAAAGCAAUUCCAGAAGAGAUGUGCUGUGAGCCUACUGUCUAUGCUUAGAAACAUGCCGAAAGGAAAACUCAAAGACUGACCCCCUGAAAUUUCUCAAGUUCCCACAGUUGAUGUCGACUAGAAAUGAUGGCUGAUUCUUGAAUUGAUCUUGUUCUCUUCAAUUCAAGCAUGUCCUCUACAAUGUUUCAGGCUAUUGAGAGCUGGUGCAAUAGGAAAGGCUUUGCUCACUUGCUAAGGGACAAGCCCUCUUCUCUGUUCUGAUUUGACAACAUUCCCAGUGUGGAUAAGCAGGCUUACAUUACUUGCAGAGCUCCGAAUUCAUUCUUGCCCUCAAUUGAUAUCACCACUAGACGAGAUGGAUUCCCUCAGCACUCUACAAAGACUCACAAUUUGGGACCGUUUGACAACAUUACUAAACUGUAUUGGUAGCCUCGCAUCAACUGUUCUUGUUUAGCAGCUUUAUUAGACUGAAAAAACAACUUGACCUCUCUUAAUGAGCUUCAGAAUGCUGUCAGCCUUAAAUUGAAAUCACUGCCAGAGGGGGGGAUGUGUGCCCUCAGCACUUCAAUGUUCUCGAAAUUGACAUGGAUGGCUGAUUCAUAAAGGAUUUCUGUUCUAUAA